AUGGUUCAAAUCAAGGCAGCUGCUCUGGCUAUUCUUUUCGCUGGCCAAGUGCUUUGUGAACCUGUUGAACCCCGACAGGCCUCUGUGAGCAUCGAUGCCAAGUUCAAGGCCCACGGGAAGAAAUAUUUCGGAAGUAUUGGGGAUCAGUACUCUUUGAACAAAAACGCAAAGACCCCGGCAAUCAUCAAGGCCGAUUUUGGUCAACUCACUCCGGAGAACAGUAUGAAGUGGGAUGCUACUGAGCCAAACCGAGGGCAAUUCUCUUUCACGGGAUCGGACUAUCUGGUCAACUUUGCUCAGUCAAAUGGGAAGCUGAUUCGUGGCCAUACUCUCGUGUGGCACUCCCAGCUCCCGUCUUGGGUCUCUUCCAUCAGAGACAGAACGACUCUGAUCAAUGUCAUGAAGAACCACAUUACCACGGUGAUGAAUCGUUACAAGGGUAAGAUCUAUGCCUGGGACGUCGUGAACGAAAUUUUCAACGAAGAUGGCUCGCUACGUAACAGCGUCUUCUUCAAUGUCAUCGGUGAAGACUUUGUACGGAUCGCUUUCGAAACAGCUCGUGCUACAGACCCAAAUGCAAAGCUCUACAUAAAUGACUAUAACCUGGAUUCCGCCUCCUAUCCUAAAUUGAACGGUAUGGUCAGCCAUGUCAAGAAAUGGAUUGCUGCCGGUGUCCCAAUCGACGGAAUUGCUCUGAACGCCCUAGCCAGUGCAGGAACAAAGGAGAUUGCCGUCACUGAACUUGAUAUUGCUGGCGCCAGCUCUACCGACUAUGUAAAUGUUGUCAAGGCUUGCCUGAACCAGCCAAAGUGUGUUGGAAUCACGGUCUGGGGAGUGGCUGAUCCGGAUUCGUGGCGCUCUAGCUCCAGCCCGUUGCUAUUCGAUGGGGGCUAUAAUCCCAAGGCUGCAUACAACGCUAUCGCAAAUACCCUUUAA